GACCAUCGGAGCCGCCCUCAACACGGACCGCGCCCGCUGGGCACACAAGAAUGGUCACUCAGAUACUCGGGGCCAUGGAGUCUCAGGUGGCGGGGGGCCCGGCCGGCCCGGCCCUGCCCAACGGGCCGCUCCUUGGCACAAAUGGAGCCACUGAUGACAGCAAAACCAACCUCAUCGUCAACUACCUGCCCCAGAAUAUGACCCAGGAUGAGUUUAAGAGUCUCUUCGGCAGCAUUGGUGACAUCGAGUCCUGCAAGUUGGUUCGGGACAAGAUCACAGGACAGAGCCUUGGCUAUGGGUUUGUGAACUACUCUGACCCCAACGAUGCAGAUAAAGCCAUCAACACUCUCAAUGGCCUCAAGCUACAGACUAAGACCAUCAAGGUGUCCUACGCCAGACCCAGUUCUGCAUCCAUCCGGGAUGCUAACCUAUAUGUCAGUGGGCUUCCUAAGACCAUGAGCCAGAAAGAAAUGGAGCAACUCUUCUCCCAAUAUGGUCGCAUCAUCACUUCUCGCAUCCUGGUGGACCAGGUCACAGGUGUCUCACGGGGUGUGGGAUUCAUUCGCUUCGACAAGAGGAUUGAGGCUGAGGAGGCCAUCAAAGGACUGAAUGGACAGAAGCCACUGGGUGCGGCCGAGCCCAUCACGGUCAAGUUUGCCAACAACCCGAGUCAGAAAACAGGACAGGCCCUGCUCACUCACCUCUACCAGUCAUCUGCCCGGCGUUACGCCGGCCCCCUGCACCAUCAAACACAGCGCUUCCGGCUGGACAAUUUGCUCAACAUGGCCUACGGAGUCAAGAGUCCCCUAUCGCUCAUCGCCAGGUUCUCGCCCAUCGCCAUCGACGGCAUGAGCGGUCUAGCAGGCGUGGGCCUGUCGGGGGGCGCUGCAGGCGCUGGCUGGUGCAUCUUCGUGUACAACCUGUCACCAGAGGCAGACGAGAGCGUGCUGUGGCAGCUGUUCGGGCCCUUUGGGGCUGUCACCAACGUCAAGGUCAUCCGCGACUUCACCACCAACAAGUGCAAGGGCUUCGGCUUCGUCACCAUGACCAACUACGAUGAGGCAGCCAUGGCCAUUGCCAGUCUCAACGGCUACCGCCUGGGCGAGCGUGUGCUGCAGGUCUCCUUCAAGACCAGCAAACAGCACAAGGCCUGAGCCACUGUCUGCCCUUCCCACCCUCCCCGGGCAGCAGAGAGAGAGAGACAGAGAGAGACAGAGACAGACACGAGGGGCCCGUGAGACAGCGCAGGCAGACCACGGACGGCACGAGGGCCCCGAAUCCCUGCGGAAGCCACAGGGUGAGCACUCGGGGUGGGAGGGUGUGCAAGGAAUCAGGGGUGCCUGGGGGUCCCCCACCCCAUUCUCCUGCCCCCUACCCUAGGCCAGGCUGUUCACUCUCUCGUCUUGGUUUUGUUCAUGGUGAUGGUUUUUGUUUCUUUUUUCGGCUAAAAAGAAAGCAGAGAUGUGCUCCCAUCCCACCCCCUCAACCCUCCUCCAUGAGAUGGCUUGGGGGGGCACUGGGGGUGCCCUCCCAGGCCACCUUGCCCAGGCCUCCCCAACACCUAGGUUGCCUGAGGCAGGAGAGGGAAACAGGUUUAAAAAUCCCCAAAAAAGUGAGACGUGAGGAGGGGUGUGGGCAUCCCUGACCCAGAACCCCUUGGUGGAAUGUGAGGAG